GUGCUUACCUUCACAUCGAAAUCUACUUGCUGUCAUCACUUCCAUCGUGUCUUGGAUCUAAACGGCUACGUAGCCGUCAAUUUUUACCAUGGUUCUCCAAGAUCUUGGUCGCCGCAUUAGCGGUGCCCUACAUGAUGUUACUCGAGCACCUAAUCUAGAUGAAAAGGCUUUCAAAGCUAUGCUUAACGAGAUCUCAGGUGCCCUUCUCGAAGCCGACGUCAAUGUGCGACUUGUCAGCAAGUUGAAAAACUCGAUAAGCACCAUCGUCAACUUCAAGGAUCUCCCACCCGGUGUUAACAAGAAGCGAUUAAUCCAAAAGGCCGUAUUCGACGAGUUGGUCAAGUUAGUCGAUCCUCAUGCAGAACCCUUCAAGCCCAAGAAGGGCAAGUCGAACGUCAUUAUGUUUGUUGGUUUGCAAGGUGCUGGAAAGACCACCACGUGUACGAAGUUGGCGCGGCAUUACCAAGCAAGAGGAUUCCGAUCAUGUCUAGUCUGUGCCGAUACCUUCAGAGCUGGUGCUUUCGACCAACUGAAACAAAACGCGACAAAAGCUAAAAUUCCAUACUACGGUUCCCUAACCGAGACCGAUCCCGCGAAGGUUGCAAGAGAAGGUGUGGAGAAGUUCAAGAAAGAGCGAUUCGAGGUUAUCAUCGUAGAUACUUCCGGACGUCAUCGACAAGAAUCGGCCCUGUUCCAAGAGAUGGUUGAUAUCCAAAACGCAGUAUCCCCUAACGAAACAAUCAUGGUUUUGGACGCCUCUAUCGGUCAACAGGCCGAAGCGCAGGCAAAGGCAUUCAAGGAUGCGGCAGAUUUCGGCGCAAUCAUCAUUACCAAGACGGAUGGUCACGCGAGCGGAGGUGGUGCUAUUUCCGCCGUUGCCGCAACGCAUACGCCUAUCGUCUUCAUCGGUACCGGAGAACACAUGUUGGAUCUAGAAAAGUUUGCGCCGCAACAGUUUGUCAACAAGUUGCUAGGGAUGGGUGACAUGGCAGGUUUAGUCGAGCACGUGCAGUCGCUAAAACUGGACCAGAAGGAGACGAUAAAACACAUAACAGAAGGAAUCUUCACGGUACGAGAUCUUAGGGAUCAGCUAAGCAAUAUUAUGAAGAUGGGACCCCUAUCUAAGAUGGCUGGUAUGAUUCCCGGCAUGUCUAACCUACCUGGAAUGGCAGGCAUGGAUGACGAAGAAUCCAGUGCGCGACUAAAGCGCAUGAUUUAUAUCUGCGAUAGCAUGACCGAGAAGGAGCUUGACUGUGACGGUAAAAUGUUUAUCGAGCAACCAACCCGUAUGACGCGGGUGGCUCGCGGCAGCGGUGUUAGUGUCAGGGAGGUGGAAGAUCUGCUCACGCAACAGCGUAUGAUGGCAGGCAUGGCUAAGAAGAUGGGCGGCAGCAUGAAGAAUAUGCAACGCGCCCAGCAAGCCAUGGGCGGAGGAAACAAGGCACAACAGAUGGCUGCCAUGCAGAAGCGGUUGCAGAGCAUGGGAGGUGCUGGAGCUGGUGGCAUGCCGGACAUGGCCAGCUUGGCAAGAAUGUUCGGUGGCGGGGGAGGCGGAAUGCCAGGCGGUAUGGACAUGCAGAAAAUGAUGGAGAGUAUGGGAAUGGGUGGGAUGAUGGGAGGAGGACGAGGCGGAAGACGAUAACGUGAAUAGGACCGGACGAUUCAAUACCUGCGCAUCAUCGGUUCGGUGUCGAUUCAUACCGUGGGCAUUGCAUGGCGUUUGGUGGUAAAACGAUGGGUAUUAAUCUGAAGAAUGAAUUUAUGAAAUGGGUUGAAAGGUAGACCCCGUUCAUAACUGUCUAAAUGGUGCGAUUCUGUCGUGGUUUCAUGCCGAUGUAGUCGCCGAGCGGAAGCCCUCGUACGACGGUAGCUUUCCCUAAGCAUCACCGCUACUGUCCGAAAGAGAUAUCAUGCCGCGGUACCUAUCCGUGAAACAAGUUAAAGUUGCGGCCCGUAUUCGACAAUAUUUGCCGCAUUGGAGAACGCCAUACCGGUUGGCUUUUAAGCAUCGCGUACAUGGUAUCACUCGAUCGAGCAUUACACCACACAUCUUCACGCCGGACACACCUCGGAGAAGAGGCCAGUCGUGUUUUAUUAAUACGCAGUCAGGUAUAUUUACCUUAAUUAUUACCUAGCCUUACGAACAAAUCAGGGCCUUUCCUGGUAGUAGGGCAUUAACAUUCAAGAUGGAAAAUUUGAAGUCAUCGUGAUGUCAAAUACCAAUAACCGAAAGCUAAAUCGUGAUGUAGCAGGAUAUCUCAGGUACGGAAAGAGAAAGUUCGAGUCGCACCGUGCGGGGUUUACUUAAGAUGGUGGGAGCUUUGAGUCUUCUAAAGUUAGAACUCUUUGGGUUUUCUAGAAUCAAC